ACGCGCUCACCGAGACUCGCGCAUGCGCAGGUCCCGCAUACAGCAGUGCAGUGCUGUUAUUCCUGUCUCCGUAGAAACGCUGGGACUAUGGCGGAGCCGACUGGGCUAUUGGAGAUGUCCGAGCUCCCCGGAGAUAGCAGUGUCCCACAGGUGGGCACAGCGAGUGGCGUCAGCGACGUACUGCGGGGGGCAGUCGGCGGCGGGGUUCGGGUGCAGGAGGCCCGGGAAGGCCCAGUGGCCGAAGCUGCGCGGUCCAUGGCGCGGGUGCCGGGCCCUGUGCCCGGGCCCAUCCCCAGCAGCGUCCCGGGCCUGGCGUCCGCGCCAGACCCCCAUCAGCAGCUCGCUUUCUUAGAAAUUAACCGGCAGCUGUUGUUCCGCGAGUAUCUGGAUGGUAGCUCCAUGAUUCCGGUCAGAUUACUACGGGAUUUCGAGGAACGCCGCAGGCUGUUUGUGGAAGGCUGCAAGGCGAGGGAAGCAGCCUUUGACGCGGAUCCCCCGCAGAUGGACUUCGCUGCUGUCGCGUUUACGGUAGCGCUGACUGCCUCCGAGGCCCUCAGUCCUCUGGCCGACUGAGUCGGCUGUGAUGAUGAGAUUGGUGGCAAGAAAUAGCCAAGUGACCCUUUUCGGAUCAAAAGAACAGGCAGGCUGUGCCAGUUUAGUUAACUCAGUCAUAGGGGGAAUGCAAACUGGAAGGGAAUACGGCAAUGUGCAAUUGAAGGAGGAAGCACACUCCGAAAUGGAAACAGACAAGACUGUUGAAUCUUGUUUUCUUUCUUCUUUUUUUAGUAUUAUUUAAAUAGAGAAGGGAGUCUCGCAUCCCUAGGCUGGUCCCGAACGCUUGGACCCGAGCGAUCCUCCCGCUCCGGCCUCCCAAAGUGCUGGGAUUACUUUACAGGCGUGAGCCACCGCGCCCGGCCGAAUCUUGUUUUCAAACAGGUCCCAAGACACUUCUGACUUAGCACUUUGUUAGCAAUGCAUUUUCCUGCAUUUGUGAAGAAUCCUUCAUGACUUUCACCAUAAAGGAUGGUUUUGCAAAGAUAUGAGAAAAAAAAUGCCAAUAAUAGAACCCAUAGAAAUGAACCUAAGUGAUGAAAGAAAACAAAGAAAUAGAGUUGUCAGGAAUCCAGGUGUACCUGAGUUACUAGGAUUGGAAGGCUAUUGAGAGGACUUUGAAAUUUCACAAUUUGUGGUCAUGUCAACAAAUCCUAGUGUAAGAUUCGUAUUUGUGUUUUCUGAGGUACUUUAGAUGAACAGUAAAUAUUCAAUAGAAAAAACCACGUAUUAUAUGAUCAGUGUUUUCAAGUCUAUGUGAAAUUGGGCUGGAAUACAAUGGUGCGAUCUCGGCUCACUGCAACUUCCACCUCCGAGGUUCAAGGGAUUCUCCUGCCUCAGCCUCCCAAGUAGCUGAGAUUACAGGGGUCUCGCUGUGUGGCCCAGCUGCUCUCCAACUCCCAGCCUCAAGCAAUCCUCCUGCUUCAGCCACUGAUCUCACUCAGUGGUUCAGUGGGAUUACAGCCGUGAGCCACUGCACCCAGCCAUAAAUUCUUUUAUAUCUAAAGCAGUUUGAGUCGUUUCCGACCCCUACAACAUAAAGAGUCCUGUCUACUAUUCUCCUCAGGAGACAAAAUCUCUUCCCCUCAGCCCCAACAUCAAAUACAAAGCAUUCAGCCUCGUUAGUCAAAACUGAUCACAAUAAUAGCCUUUAUAGGUGUUUCUAGAGAGAUGGGGUGAGAAAAAAUAGGAUAUAAAUAACCAUUAUUUACAACUUGCAGCAGUAAAGUUCUCCCAGACAUCCCUUCAAGAUUGAACUCCAAAGCCUCUGGGGCAGAGACUGGGCACCACCGAGCAAAUACAAAAAUCCACACUCUGACUCCAGGUGCGGAUGGAGGAGACGCGUCAGGCCUAGAAACAAAAUGAGUAGGAAGCAUUAGAGAGGCUGCCCCUCUGCCUCCCCCGCCUCCCCGCAGAGUAGAAUCAGUGGAAAAGCUCUGGCGGAGUCGGCAUCGUGACCUCUUCAAGCCCAUAGCUUUUUCAAAGAGAAGAUGGCAGGUAGCUCAAAACAAGAGGGAUGCAAAAUAGAAUGAAAGUAAGUUAGAACUGAAAGUGGGCUUAAAACCUUCCAGAGACUCUACCCAAUUCAUUUCACAGACAGAAUCGAGGAAGGGUAGGGAAAAACCAGGUGCUGCCUCUGCCCAGCGCGCCCAGUGUGUAGCGGGGAGAAAAGGGGCGUCGCUACCUCCCGAGCGUAGAUGGAAGGAGCAGAUAUGACAUAAAUCCCUCGAGGGUCUACAUCUUCAGGGCGAUUCCAAUCUACGGACGAGCUGUGGGAGGAGAGAAAGAAGAAAAACUCAGACCCUUUAAAUUCUCAGAUCUUGUUUUCCCCUACCCAUCACAAAGGGGAACCCAAAGCCAGCUACCGGGGUAAGAGAGACCGACCAGGGAAAUGCAUCAGGGAAUCGGGCCAACUGCACCACGGAGAUGGGUACAAGCAGCCAGCAGCGCAAGGCGUUCGUCUGUGGCGCAGCCCCUCACCUCGGGCCAUCCCCGGAACCCUCCUGCGUCCUUAGGUUGUUGAGUGCAUCCGGGAGUGCGUGGACUGACGGCUCCGGGGUCCCAGCCAGCAAGCGAGACCCAGCAUCCUGGGCGUGGCCACGGCGGCGCACGUGGACCAGCAAGAGCGCAGCGCCGGCCACGCCCGCGGCCACGAGCAGUCCCAGAGCCGGCGGCAAAAGGUAGCGCUGCGGGUCCCCGGGCUUCAGGCCCGGGGGGGCCGCGGGCAAGGCGCUUGCGCCGUCGGGGUGCACUGGGAACUCACACCGCGCUCCCAUGUAGCCGGGAGCGCAAGCGCAGACGAGGCCGGAGAAGUGGGCGUAGCAGCGGCCGCCGUGAGCACAGGGGCGCGCGGCACACGGGUCCGCGCGCUCGCGGCAGUCGCGGCCGCCGAAGCCCAGCGCGCAGGAGCAGCGGUGCGCGCCGCCGCCCUCCACACACGUGCCGCCGUUAGCGCAGGCGCGGCCCGCGCAGUCGUCCAGGUCGUGCUCGCAGCGAGGACCCGCGAAGCCGGCGCGGCAGCGGCAGCGCAGGGCGUGGCCCAGGUCCAGGCAGAGUCCGCCUGUGGGGAAGGGAGCAUCAGAGGGCGCAGUCCGGGAGCCGGGGACCCACCUGCCCGCGCUGUUUCCCAGCUCUAUCAUCGCUGCACGGGGUCCCCUUUUUCUCUCUAACUUAAGGGCCAGCGUCUUGGAGUGUGCCAGGAAAGCCAGCUCGCUUUUCUUCCUAAUGAAGUUUUGGAAUAAUUCAGCUCCACCUCUUUGGC